ACACACUCAGACACACACCAGUGGCGACAGGGGAGAGUUGGAAAGACGCAGGAGAGAAGCAGGAGGCAGAAGGCAGCGGGGAGGGAGCAAUGGGAGCGGGAAGCAGGCAGGUUCCCUCGCAAAUCCCCCUCCGGCCCCACGUCGCUUCGCCGGCCCCGGCAGGGGAGCAAGGAGCCGGGCUAGCAGAUGGAGGAGUGGAGCUCGCUCUAGGCAGCGGGCUUGGCCGGAGAAUGGAGGAGCCGCCAAGCGACCGGCUGAUUGGAAGAGAAACGCAGAGCGAUGGAGGCGGGGGUAGGAGGACGAUUUCUCUGCGGGGACUGGCGGCGGCGGCGUCUACGCCCGGGUCGGGCGCUGCAGAGCUUGGCUAGCUUUCAACCCGCGCUCGCCGGCUCCAGCCCCGCGCGCCCCCACCCCCAGCCCUCCCGGCGGCUCCGCAGGGUGAGGUGGUUUUACCGCGGGUUGCCCGGCCAGCACGACCCGAGGAGGUGGCUGGAGGAGGUGGCUGGACGGCUAAAGAAUGAACGGAGAAGCUGACUGCCCCACAGACCUGGAAAUGGCCGCCCCCAAAGGCCAAGACCGCUGGUCUCAGGAAGACAUGUUGACUUUGCUGGAAUGUAUGAAGAACAACCUUCCAUCCAAUGACAGCUCCAAGUUCAAAACCACCGAGUCACAUAUGGACUGGGAAAAAGUAGCAUUUAAAGACUUUUCUGGAGACAUGUGCAAGCUCAAAUGGGUGGAGAUUUCUAACGAGGUGAGGAAGUUCCGAACAUUGACAGAAUUGAUCCUUGAUGCUCAGGAACAUGUAAAAAAUCCUUACAAAGGCAAAAAACUCAAGAAACACCCGGACUUCCCAAAGAAGCCCCUGACCCCUUAUUUCCGCUUUUUCAUGGAGAAGCGGGCCAAGUACGCGAAGCUCCACCCCGAGAUGAGCAACCUGGACCUGACCAAGAUUCUGUCCAAGAAAUACAAGGAGCUGCCAGAGAAGAAGAAGAUGAAAUAUAUUCAGGACUUCCAGAGAGAGAAACAGGAGUUCGAGCGAAACCUGGCCCGGUUCAGGGAGGAUCACCCUGACCUAAUCCAGAAUGCCAAGAAGUCGGACAUCCCCGAGAAGCCCAAAACCCCCCAGCAGCUGUGGUACACCCACGAGAAGAAGGUGUACCUCAAAGUGCGGCCCGACGCCACUACGAAGGAGGUGAAGGACUCCCUGGGGAAGCAGUGGUCUCAGCUCUCGGACAAAAAGAGGCUGAAAUGGAUUCAUAAGGCCCUGGAGCAGCGGAAGGAGUACGAGGAGAUUAUGCGUGACUAUAUCCAGAAGCACCCUGAGCUGAACAUCAGUGAGGAGGGCAUCACCAAGUCCACCCUCACGAAGGCCGAACGCCAGCUCAAGGACAAGUUUGAUGGGCGACCCACCAAGCCACCUCCGAACAGCUACUCGCUGUACUGCGCCGAGCUGAUGGCCAACAUGAAGGACGUGCCCAGCACCGAACGUAUGGUCCUUUGCAGCCAGCAGUGGAAGCUGCUUUCCCAGAAGGAGAAGGAUGCCUACCACAAGAAGUGUGACCAGAAAAAGAAAGACUAUGAGGUGGAACUGCUCCGUUUCCUAGAGAGCCUGCCUGAGGAGGAACAGCAGCGGGUCCUCGGGGAGGAGAAGAUGUUAAGCAUCAACAAGAAGCAAGCCACCAGCCCAGCCUCCAAGAAGCCCUCGCAGGAAGGGGGCAAGGGCGGCUCUGAGAAGCCCAAACGGCCGGUGUCAGCCAUGUUCAUCUUCUCUGAGGAGAAGCGGCGGCAGCUGCAAGAGGAGCGGCCCGAGCUCUCGGAGAGCGAGCUGACCCGGCUUCUGGCCCGCAUGUGGAAUGACUUGUCGGAGAAGAAGAAGGCCAAGUACAAGGCCCGGGAGGCGGCGCUGAAGGCCCAGUCGGAGAGGAAGCCGGGCGGGGACCGUGAGGAACGGGGCAAGCUGCCGGAGUCACCCAAGAGAGCUGAGGAGAUCUGGCAGCAGAGCGUCAUCGGGGACUACCUGGCCCGCUUCAAGAAUGACCGGGUGAAGGCCUUGAAAGCCAUGGAGAUGACCUGGAACAACAUGGAGAAGAAAGAGAAGCUGAUGUGGAUUAAGAAGGCAGCCGAAGACCAAAAGCGAUAUGAGAGAGAGCUGAGUGAGAUGCGGGCGCCCCCCGCUGCUGCAAACUCGUCCAAGAAGAUGAAGUUCCAAGGAGAACCGAAGAAGCCUCCCAUGAACGGUUACCAGAAGUUCUCCCAGGAGCUGCUGUCCAACGGGGAGCUGAACCACCUGCCGCUGAAAGAGCGCAUGGUGGAGAUAGGCAGCCGCUGGCAGCGCAUCUCCCAGAGCCAGAAGGAGCACUACAAAAAACUGGCAGAGGAACAGCAGAAGCAGUACAAAGUACACCUGGACCUCUGGGUCAAGAGUCUGUCUCCGCAGGACCGGGCAGCAUAUAAAGAGUACAUCUCCAACAAACGUAAGAGCAUGACCAAGCUGCGAGGCCCAAACCCCAAGUCCAGCCGGACUGCCCUGCAGUCCAAGUCGGAGUCUGAGGAGGAGGACGAGGAGGACGAGGAGGACGAGGACGAGGAGGACGAGGAGGAGGACGAGGAGAACGGGGACUCCUCUGAGGACGGCGGGGACUCCUCCGAGUCGAGCAGCGAGGACGAGAGUGAGGACGGAGAUGAGAACGAGGAGGACGACGAGGACGAAGACGACGACGAGGAGGACGACGACGACGAGGACAAUGAGUCUGAAGGCAGCAGCUCCAGCUCCUCUUCCUCCGGGGACUCCUCGGACUCUGAUUCCAACUGAGGCUCGGUCCCACCCAGGGCUCCCCUCCCCAGCUGACCACCUUUGUUUCUACCCCAUGUUCUGUCCCCUGCUCCACCCCCCCCCCCCCCCCCCCCCCCCCCCCCCCCCCCCCCCUUUCUUUUCUUUUUUUUUUUUUUUUUUUUUUUUUUUUUUUUUUUUGAAUCUGGCGGGGGAGGGGCUGGAGGAGCCCAGGCCAGGACUCUGCAGCCUCAGAGACACCAGCCCUGGGGGGCCCUCCAGGGAGCGCACCCAUCAGACUGAGCCACCACUGGACCGGCCCGGCCCAGCCCUCUUCUGCACUUGCGGUUCCGUCAUGGACAAUGGACCUGGGAGUGGGGUGGGGGGGGGUGUCCCAGAGAGUUCGGUGAGGCCCUCCGUGCCUGCCGCCCGACCCACGGGAGGGUGGAAGCUUGGGGAAGAGCCCUCCCUUCCCAGAGGGGCUUGCCGACUGGACCCCUACAUUGGAACUGGAGGCAGGGAACGUGGGGGGGAGGAGGGCAGGAGCCUCAGAGAAAAACGGGCGCUGCCCCGUAGCCCUCUCCCCUACCCUCUGCAGGAAGGAGCUGCCUGGACCCACUCACGGGGGGAGGGGGCAGAAGUGUUUUUUAUAUAUGUGUAUAUUUUUUUUUUUUAAGCUCUGAGCUGUCAACGAGACGUUUCCUACCGAUCUCGGCUGCCGUCUCUGUUGUCAUUUCUGGGAGAGGGAGGGUUUAGGGGGUAGGUUUGGAACUUUUUUAAAAUGGUCUCGAUGCGAAUGGAAAAGUGUGCGCGUGUGUGUCGCCUGUACAUAGCGUGGAUGCACCUGUGGAUGUGUGCAUAGGCGUGUGUGUGUGUGUGUGUGUGCGCGCGUGUGUGUAAGAGAAGGGGGAGCCCACCUCAGUCUGUGAAUCUGGUGAAUGGGUUGGUGAGGGCCAGGGAGAUGUUAAUCCUGGUGGGAACAGGCUGGGGCAGCCCCUUUCUCCACAUUCUCUGCUUUGCCUAAUCUCUGAUUCAGUUGGGGGGGGCGGGUAACUGAUUCAGUUGGGGGGGGGUACUGAAACCACUCUAAUGCUUCCUGUAGCUGCUUCCCUCGGCCAGGGCCACGCGACUCUGAGCCCGCUGGUCUCCAGCAGGGCAUUGUUGGGAGGGGCCAGACUGGGUGAACCUAAGAGCCUUUUAUUUAGUGGGAAAGGCCUUCCCAGUUCACCUGAGAGGUUGCCUGGCCACCUUAGGCUCAGAAACUGGGCUUCAAGAAAUAUAUUGGAAGCUCUUAACAUACACCCCCUCCUGCCUUUCCCUAUAUCCUCCAGAACCCCCCACCCCCAUUCCCUUUGAUUUCUCAGGUCUGCUCCCUUCCCCACCCCUCCAAACCCCCAGCUGGGGAAGGGGUCUGCAAAGGCUGCUUUUGCAGCUGUCCCUCUAACCCUUCCUGGCCAUCUCAAAAUUUCUGGUACCCUAAUUCCUUGGACCCUUAAUAAGCCAAGCCACCUUAUCUCUGUGGAUUGAAAUUUUUACUUUUUGAUUAAAUUUUGGCGCUUCCCCCCCCCUUACAAUCAUGUCAAUGAUCUAUUUAGUUGGGGCUUUGUGCUUUUCCACCUUCCCCCUCUGAAUGAAAGCCAAGGGGUGGAGGAAGAGUGGGAAUCCACCCAGGGAGUGGGAUGGGAAAGGUGGGUCCCACUCCCAAAGGAAAGCAGACAAUCUGCUUUGCCUUGGACGUGGUGCUGGGGGUGGGGGAAUUAGGGGAGGAUACUCCCCACUCCCACUCCCCUUCCUUUGUCCUGACCCUGAUAUAGGGGUUCAUAGGUUCUAUUUCUUCCCAAGAGCCCCUGCAAAGAACCCCAUUUUCCUGUUUGAAUGCCCCUGUGCUGUUGUGUUUUAGUGGAAUGUGUUUUCAUUUAAAAACUACUUCGAAUGGGGCACUUCUUUUUUUCCCCGUUUUAAAAAUCGAAAAUUCUUACAGUACGAACAGGGCUGUGGGGAUGGGGGUGUUGGUGCUGUAAGAGGUCACUCUGAGUGCAUUUUGGCACUGGGAUGGGAUGGUCGGAGUGGGAGGACCCCCCCCCACUCUCUCCCCUUUUUUUCUAAUAUUUAAGGAGUGUUUUUGUAGGUUUCAACAACAACCACAACUUGAAUUUGUAUCAUGGGAGGUGGGAGGGAGUGUCUUAGAGGUGUCUGCCUAAGCUUAAGGCCAACUGUAGAAGUUUUGUUUUCCCUCUUUUUGUACAAUAAAGUGAAAAAGGUU